ACUAGAUCCGCGAAUGAGUUUUGAAUAUCGAACCUGUUAUCGCUUAUCAACAGUGCGAUAAGAGUCAAGCAACAAAUAUUUUGUUUUGCUCAAUUUAUUACGAGGAAUAAUUAAAUUGCGGCAAAUAUUAAAAUUUAUUUAAAAUGGAUGAUCAUGCGGCGCGUGCACCGCCGCUGAAUAGAAUUCCCGGCACUUCGCAAAUAAAGGAGCAGCACAAAAAAGAUCUGAAAACGCUGAGAUAUCAUGAGCUCUUGGAAAUGAGAGACAGACAGGGCAAACUUUUGGCGGCCAAAAAACGUUUGGAGCAGCUGCCAGACAAAGGUAAGCGCGUAAAAGAGGCCUACGAAGAAUUGCUCUUGGAGCUACAAAAACGCGACGAUGUGGAGGCUGCAGCCAAGAUGCUAGGCGAACUGAACAUAGCGUCCAAGGGCAAGGUGGCGCUUAAUAAUCUUGAAUGGCAUGGACACACAACUGAUGAUAGCUCUGAUCCUGUUGAUGAUGUGUUGGAUAGUGAUGACGAGCAGGAAAUGGAUCCGCUGCGUAUUAUAGCUCAACGAACAAUGCAUGAGCGUCAAGUUAAAGUGCUGCCGCCGCCGAAAACGCUAAUCACUGCUGAAGACUUGGCUGACAUACAGUCGUUUAGGCAGGAGCCCGAUUCGCCAGAUUCGGCGAUAGCCGAUCAGAGCGUGUCCAGCAGAGAAACAAACGAAACACUUCCAGCUGAGUUAAUAGAAAUAGAUGCGGCCAAGGUGCUGACCAAACGCAUGCCAGCUCCAGUACUAGAUCAGCAUGCGAUAUAUCUAAUUGAUAAAACUGAACAUCAUGCAACUAACGAACGCGAGAAGUUUAAACCAUUUCGCACUACUGUGUCCAAUGUACACGAUCCGGAUAAGGAGCGUAUACGCAAGAAGGGCAAGCAUUGGGAGGUGACUGCAGCAACGCCACCACUGAUACAACACAAGGAGAUACAGCUGGUGCCGCUGGCCGAGUCAGCCAGCCUCCAGGUCGAUUAUAUGCAAAAAGUCAAAGACUUACGCAUAAAGCAGGCCGAGGAGCGUCUGGCCAGACAGGAAGCAAGCGGCAGACCCAUACGCCUACCAGAGAAUGCUAUACUGAAAACCAAAGCCUCGUUUACAAACUAUCGCAAUCCACAGGUGGAUUAUUUAAUUGAAGGCCGACAACAGGCCAGCGAGCAGCAGGAGGUGCUGGAUCCCGCCAUAACUGAUAAGCCCGCGACAGGCAUUAACUAUACAGUCUAUGAGUAAAGUCAGCAAGCUUAA